GGUGCUCUGACUCUACGGUAUUUACAAGGUUUUGUAGGUAUUUAGCUCUUUAGUUUGAGACGAAAACUCACAUAGUCCUGCUUUAAAAACGUAGGAAUAAGUUAUUGUUGGAAAAAAAUACAACUGGACUGGACUUGUAUUUUGACGGCGGCCACGUGGGAAGUUGCUGCUUACACCGGUUACACUGACGCAUUACGAGCGUGCGUGCAGCUCAUGUUCAGUUGAAAUGUUUUCAAGUUAGUCAUCCCACGUUGAAAUGGAUGCACAUUUUGAUAACCCUGAACUAAGAGACAUAUCAUCAUCUCAUAUUGAUAUUCUGGAGCUUCUUUUCGGCAAACUAACAGAAUGCAGAAGGAGCUCCCUAAAACGCUGCAAAGAGCGUUCGCUCCAGGAAGCUUUCAAAAUUCUUAAAGAGAGAGUUCGGCUGGAGUCUUUGGAGAGGUUACAGCUUCUCUCCCUCGUGAAGCUGCUUGUUGCUGUUCAGAUGGAAGCGGUUAACAUUCCUGUGCUGUGUCGAAAACUUGACCAGAUGGUCCAGUUCAUUGGUGAAAUGAAUUCAGAUAUUGUUUAUGAAGAAAUUCAGCUACACAUUAAUACUUUAAUGCACAGCGACCAGAUAAUGUCAAUUGGAGAUCUCCAGUUAGUGUCUAUGUUCCUGGAAAGCAGCACUCUUGGCCAAGGAAUUUUAAGACGAGAGAGCCAUUCUGUACUUGCUAAAGUUGCUGAAGUCUUUGUGUCUUCUCAAGAAGAGGAUGUUUUGAGAAAUGAAACUUUGUGUUACCAGGCUGUCAAGGUGUGUCUUCAGAUUUUUCAGAUAUUGCCCAAAGAAGUGUCAUCUAUGGUGUUUGGGACAGAACAAUCUAAUCCAGUUUUGACAAGCAUUUUGGGGUUUCUCAUGGACAUCAUUCUUGGAUGGAGUAUCAACAAAGAUACGCGACUUUUGGCAGGCACUGCAGUGGCCAUGCUUAUUAACACUGCUCCAGAGGAAAAAGUUGGAAGGAUGGCUGCAUGGUCUCUCCUUCAAUUCACCAGACCAGGUGACCCAUAUCUUAAACCCUGGAAGCUGACUCUGGGAGAACUUCAGGUACAAUGUCAUUGCAGAACCAAGGAUAGAUUGGAGAGACUGGCUUUGAGCCGAGGUUUACUGACUGCCUGCAGAAAGGACAUUCUUGCCUAUGACCUUGAUCAUAACAGGACUUGCCUUCUCCUGGAUAUGUUCCCUGUUGUUUCUGCUCUCUGUGAAGAGUCAUUAGAAGAUCAUUACUAUGCAUUCCAAGUGUUUACCCUUUGGCUAAAAUGCCUAAAAGAGUGUCAGCCAUCUAUAUUGGAGAUGAGCAGUGUGCCACUGCUGGGACAAGACUCAAGUCUUCAGCACCAAGUCAUUGAAAUCAUAUGGAAAAAUGCAGAGUCUCCAAUUGAGGGGAUCACAGACUCUGCUCGCAAUGCUCUGUGUCUAUUUCUGGAAAUUUAUGAAUUGGAUUGUCAGCAUCAUGGUGAUGUAGAGAGGGUGCUCUACUUGGAAAUGCUGCAUCGUACUAUUGAGUUGCCUUGGGAGACCAAAGCCAAGUACUUGUUCCUCUGUGUUCUCCUGCCAUACUUUGGCUCUGAAGUGGUUUUAAAAAGUUAUAAUGAGUUUCCUGCUCAUCUCUUGAAAUGCCUCUCCACCAAUCAGCUUUCUUCAUGUGCAUCUGAGUUCUAUAAAUUACUCAUUCAAGAGUUACGGAAAGAGUUAUGCAAAAAGCAGACGUCACCACCUUCAGAAUUUGAACUAGCCUCUACAUGGAGUAAAUAUUGGCAAGCAACUCUCCUGGAGGCAUUGACCUCAGAUGUGAAACUCUUGCAGACCAAUGCAGUCAGCCACCUUCUACCCUGGACUCUGCGUACAUUUCCAUCUGCUCCAAUGAUGCUGUUGGAUUUUCUGGACCCCACUUCACAGGGGCAUCUUAAAGCAUGGACCUGUAUAAUGAGCACACACAGAGCCACCUGCGGAGAGUCUUCUUGGAUAUCUGAGGAAAGCCAUGCAUUUAGGACUUUGCAAAAUGCCCUGACUUGUCAUGAUGAUGAUGUUCGUUUGGCUGCUUUCAAUGUGCUGUGCUGCAGUUCAAAAUCCAAGGAAAUGCCAAAUGCACUGGAGUUCUCAGCAAUGAGGAAAUAUAUCCCUCUCAAUCUGAAUAGUGAGGCACCCCCUUUUCGGCAGCAGUUUUACUCUGCUGUGAAGAAGUUUCUCUGCAGAGUUAGAGACACUUGUUUAGCUAAAGUGCUGAAAACCAAGAGCAAGAUGGGCUUUUCUCUAGAGGAUGAGAACACACUCUGUAAAGGGGUUGAGUUUGUGGAUUGGGUAGCAGAACUUGCCUUCCACUACUUAAAUCCUGGAAGCAAGUACCAGAGAAAGAAGACCGUUUUGUUACUGUUGUCUGCAGUGUUAGAGACUUGCUCUGACACCUGGAGCCCUGAAAAGAAAAAAGGGCAGCCACCAGCAAAUAUAUCCAGUCUAAUUACCUGGGCCAGGUCAAAGGGAAGAUGGGACUUUUUUUCCAAGUCAAAACAACUGGCUCUCAUCAGCUGUUUGGAGGACAUGACAAAUGAGAUAUGUGAACUGUCUGCUGAGUUGCUUGUCUUGUAUUUUCCAAAACAUUUUCCGGAUGAUGUGGUGCCCUUGAUUUUCAGCCGUGCUGAGCAUUUUCUCCACAGUCCUCGAACCCAAGAGUCUCAAAUAGGUGCCCUCAUGAUGAAGGUCCUUCUACAGAAGUCUGUGGAUCUGUCACAAGAAUGGCUAAACAGCAGAGUUAAUGGAGAUGUAAACAUCACCUCGCUCUGCCAGUACCUCCUUCAGUUGAUGCAGCAGCACUACUUUACAGCCAAGACUGAUAUGCUGAUGGCUUCACAGACAGCACCCAUACAUGGUGCAGUGAAUGCUUUGCAGAGAUGUUUGCUGGAGGUGCCGGGUGUCUUGUAUAAUGAAAUGGAUGAGAGCAUGUUUGCAAAAACCCUCAGCUUGAUGGAGAACAUGACAGUUCUCUUACUUGGUGUACUUUAUGGGGACCAGGACACAGAAAGUAAAGAAGUCCCUCCAUCCUUUUGUGAAAUGGGAAAUGCAAUCAGCUCUGUAAUUGGUCAUCAGUUAGGUUCAGAUGAUCAUGAAGAGGAGCAUGUCCUGCUUCCAGAGGAGCACAGUCUGGUGCUCACUUGUUGCUGGGUCUCACUAAAGGAAAUCGGAAUAUUUAUGGGCUCCUUGAUUGAGAUGAUGGCUGAUGAGUCGAAUAAGAUGGAUCACUUAGUCACUGCAGGUGAUAUGAAAAGGAUGUCUAAACUGUUCAAAGACAUCAUCUUGAAAUGUCGACACUGGGGAGCAGUAGAAGGUUGCUGUCGUGGAUUCACCAAGUUUUGCAGCACUCUGCUGGUCAGUGCUGACCGAGAGAUCCGAGACAUCCCUGCACAGUUGCUUAAAGAAGGUCUCCAACUUCUCCAGUCUCCCCGCGGCACCUCAGUGACUCGUAGAGCUGCAGGUCUCCCAAUGCUUUUCCUCUGUGUGGUUUCAGCAGCAGAAACCAAUCAGAGCAGGUCUUUGCUCUCUCUCAGUAUUAACACCCUUCUGGAGGUGGCAAAUAGACCUCUGCCAGACAACUGGGACCAGACAGUUGAUCUACCACAGGUGUGUGCAGUUCAUUCUCUGAAUGCUUUAGUUCGUGGAUCUGGUCUCGCUGUUGCCAUUCUUAAGUAUUGUACAGUCAUGGCCACCCUUGCUCUUACACUUCUCAAUUCCCGCUGCUGGGCUGUGAGAAAUGCAGCAUUGCAGCUUUAUAGUUCGUUGUGCACACGGAUGCUUGGCCAGAGUCCCGGAGGUGAUCAUGCCACCGCCCAGUGUGGCAUGAGCGCGCUGACCUUCUUUACUCACUACCCAUCACUACUGCCCUUCCUUCUCGGUGAACUAAGAAAUGCAGCCAUAGAUCUUCAUCAUUCAUCUCAACAUAGACGGCUUUGUGUUCACCCCUCUCUGUAUCCUGUGCUAACCCUCCUUGCCAAACUUCAGCCUGGUAUUCAACCUGAAACAAGAGAACUGUCAGAGGCUGUGACACCAUUGCUCCAAUUAGCCUCCAGUCCUGUGUACAGCGUUAGAAUGAUGGCUUCCAAAGCAAUGGUGGCCAUGAUGCCUUCCUCAAAAUAUCCUGCUUUCCUCUGCAAGAUGGUUGAAGAGUUACCACGAUCCACCGAGGAGCCCUACUCUCACAACUAUUUGCAUGGUCAACUCCUACAGAUCAGAGCUAUGCUAACUCAAGUUAUGCAGACUGAUAAGGCUGCCUUAAAUUCACACAGUCUUAUUGUGGAAGUGCUGGAGUCCAAGAUGUGGCUUGUGACAACAACACAGCAGUGCCUCAUGAUCAGAGGGUUAUAUUUGGAUGUGAUCAGUCUUGUCAGGAACAGCUGCUCUAAGGACUUCCUGCACCAGUUGUGUGCACUGCUUCUGUCAGAGCUUCACACCUCAUCACACCAUUUGCAAGUUGGCUCAGACUCCUUUUACGGUGUGGCCCUUCACUUCCUGUGUAAAGAUCGAAGUUGGAUGUGUCUGGUAUGGCAGAAUUUCUCCAGUUGGAAUGCUGUUUUUAAACUGUCAUUGCUCAGAUGGGCAUCAGAGACAUGUGGCUCAAGCAUGACCAAUAUGCCACAUCUGCUAGAAAAAAUACUCCAGGUUAACCUGAAGGAGGUUUUACUGAAUGAAGAUACAGAAAUCCGGGUAGUGUAUCUCAAAGCCUUUGUAUCAGUCAUGACUGGAGGAGUUUGUUCCUUGGUACUUGAGGAAGCGGCCAUCCAAGAAUGUUCAGAGAUCCUGGUUAGAAGCUUGGAAGUCUCAGAUGGGGGCUCAGAGUACCUCUCACAGGCCCUGUGUGCUGCCAGCCUGCUACUCUCUAAAAGCCUGGACCAUACAUUGUUCCCACGUUUGUGCAACAUAUUACAGCGUCACAUGGUGCCAAACGCCUCAGAGGCACUCAGAAUGGCUUGUGCUGAGUCCCUUUGCCUUGCUGGGGUUCCUCUGAUGUGUAAAGACCAGAAAAGUAAUCCACACAAACUGGGAUUGAGCAUUAGGGUGGUCAAUAUUGGCUUAUGUUUACUGCAGGAUCAGAGUGAACAGGUGAGGGUGAAAGCUGCUGUCUUUGUGUCAAAGGUGCAAAAUCCCACUCCAGGUGGAAUAGAACAACAGCAGAAGAGUUCAUUUCUAGCACAUGUCAAUCAAUCCAUACUCAUGCUCCUGGAUCUGCUUUUAGAAGAUUUCUGGGAUCACUGUGACCUUUUAAGGGUUUUGUUAUACCAUUUACCAGAGUCAGACUUCAGCAGACUUCUUAAAGAUACUAAGGAAACAAAUCUGUAUGAACGAGAUGAUGCUAAUAUGCAUGCGGAGCCUUUGGCCAUCAGUGAGUGUGUUCUGCCAUAUUUGCUCCAACUGGCUAAGAAGUACCCAGAAUCUUCAGGGCUGGCACAGAUACUUGAUAACUGGGUUCAUGAUAAUCUGGCUCAAAUGCUGGAGAACCUUACAAUCUGUAAAAAGAUUAUAUCAGGCCAGCAAAGUCUGGAGUGUUCUUGGUUGAGCGUUCUCUCAGAGCCUCUUUUCCACAGCCAUCUGUGCGGACUUUUCACAAGAGCAAUCUUUUUGAAUCAACUUCUGAUGCUCUCUGCUGAGUUGCAUCUCCUCUAUAAUAGCACCAUUCUAUCAAGAGAUUUACUGGAUGUCUACAGACAGCUUUGUAUGAACGGUGUUUUCUUGCCACAAGUCUUUCCUGAUGCUAUAAUGAGCUUUUUGGAGAAAUCAAAUAUUCAAGUGCUCUAGGAUGGUUUAUAUUACCAGUUGACUGAAGCUGAUAUCUUGAAUUUAGCAGUCCAUGGAUCAUCUGCCAUCGCUAACAGAGUACAUACUGGGACAAACAGUGGCUGCAGCAUAUUUUAUUGGACUGAGGUCCUAAUAUUCGUGUAAAUGUAUUGAGAACAUGGGGGCUAAUUCCAAUGCUGAACAAAGUGGCAAGUCUAUAGCCUGACUAAAGUGUGCUUAAUAACGAUGUAAAAUCUAUUUGCAAAUGUAAUACCAUGAGAAAGAAGCACAAAUAUCAGUACAGUAGGUCAGAUAAAAUGGUCUCAUGCCACAUGAUGCCGUUAGUUUGUGCACAUUGAACUUUGCUCGUAGACUGACUUUGCACUUUGACCAACAUUUAAAUUUGGGCCCAUAAUGUUUUUUCUUAUCAUAUGGUUAUUGCAGAUGAAGAGAAACCAGUAAACAGGGGAGUAAAGUGAACUUCUUUGUGCCUUUGUAAACAUUUUGUUUUAGUAAACAUAUAUACAUUAAAGAAAAUGAAAUGAUUAA